AUGCCAGGUCGCACUUCAACACCUCCAACGCACCUAUCGCUCAACAUUUCGUCCCGAGGCGCUCCUGCCGCAAUCCCCAACAAGCAUCUCCCAGUAUGCUCGCCAGGUGGCAUUCCAGUGACACCACCAGCAUCUCCACCGCGAGACGAUACUUUGGUCGAGACAUCCUCAAUCACAUAUCCACCGGAGAAGUACUGUGCAGAGUUCUGCAAUGACCCUCCUGUGUACACAAUCACUGCAGAUCGAAUGGCAGAGGCUCUGGAGUACAUGGCGACGCACCCGUUGCCCAGCCCAGAGCAGGUCUUUCCGUGGCUUCAUGGCCUGCAUGCUGAGAAUCAGAUCCAACUUGCUUUCUUCGCUUCCCGUCGCAAAGCCACUCGCAAGAUUCCUAACUGUAUUCGCAGCCUAACAAUUGUAAAGACGGGCGGAGACUUGACCGCAUCGAAGCUGAAGGGUGCCAUUGCAGCAGACGAGAUCCUUUGCUCAGACUCAGACGAUACGCCUACUUUUAUUGAAUGCGAUCCCAAGAACGGUUUCUCCGUGCGCAACUUUCAGAUUCAGGCAUGCAAGCUGGCUAUGGUCUCGGACAUCAUCGUCUAUGGCGACCAGAAGACACACCCCAACGACACCAUUGCUCUAGCCAAGAUCAUCUCGCAAGCUCAACGGCAGUACGAAGCGCGCAACGAUUUUCCCACUGGUCUGUUCAAUACGUUCAUGCUUUCAGACUCAUUCGGCAGUGUGCAAGAGAAGUACCCAGAACUCAUUGCCAUCGACCCCACAGGUCGUGUGACUGGCAACGUUGUGGACUUCUUUUACUGGGAGCGGUACGAGAUGUGCGACAUGUCAAAGGCAUCUGAGAUCAGCAGCAACGUAUUCUUGGGGCCUACACCUGACCCUGCAAUUCAUCCAGAUUGUUUGGGCGAAGACGCUUUCGAUGUGCUUAUCGAAGCAACAGACCUCGCACAUGUACCAGAGUCACGCUCGUUGCGAGCUUUGCGCAUGUCGAUGGACAAGGUUCAACGCAAGUCUGCUCUGCACAUGGAGUUUCCCUCUUCUGGAAGCAUUAUGCCACCUUCCUGGUCUCAUACAGAGGUCGACGGUUUGAUGGAAACUUGUCGGUGGAUGUACGAGCUCGCCAACCCACAAGAAGUUCGUCGCUCAAAGCGCAGACGAAGCGACGACGACGACGAAGCCAUUGAGCUAGACGAUAUUGCUGUACCACGCAAAUUUCUCAUCCAUUGCACAGACGGUUACACGGAAACCACCCUGCUCGCACUAGCGUACUUCAUGUACGCGGAAGGCCUUCCGGUUCACGACGCUUGGAUUCAGCUGCACCGCGAGAAGGGCCGCAACUUCUUCGCUUACCAAUCUGACGUCGCGCUCCUUACAGCGAUCCAGCCACGCAUCUUGCAGGAGUCUCCCAAGUUCAACAAGAGUGUGUUCAAUCUUACUGAGCCACAGUGGCUGUCCAAGAUUGAUGGCAGUCUGCCCAGCAGAAUCCUGCCAUACAUGUACCUAGGCAACCUGGGUCAUGCGAACAACCCAAAUCUGCUUAAAGAACUCGGUAUCACACGAAUCUUGAGUGUCGGUGAAGCAUUGUCUUGGCCUGAGGAUCUCAAGAAGCAACUCCGAUGGCCCGAGGAGAACUUCCUGAUGGUUGAUCGAGUUCAAGACAACGGCGUUGACCCACUGUGGAGCGAGUUCGAGCGAUGCCUCAAGUUCAUCGAAGCUGGCAAGGCUGCUGGCGAAGCUACACUUGUCCACUGCCGUGUGGGCGUGUCUCGGUCUGCGACGAUAUGUAUUGCAGAAGUCAUGAACGAGAUGGGCUUGUCUUUCCCUCGUGCCUACUGCUUUGUCAGAGCACGACGACUGAACGUUAUCAUCCAACCGCAUCUUCGAUUCACUUACGAACUCCUAAAGUGGGAAGAGUAUCAGCGUCAGCGACGCAACGAGCCUCUCCGCCGCGAGCUCGAGUGGGCUACUGUCGCGCGCGAGAUCGCGUUGAUGAACAAGCCCUACUCGAGAUGA